AUGCCUGCGAAGAAGAAGAAACCAACAAGGAAACAGCAGCAAUUACCAGUUUCAUCCAAACGAGUAAUUUCGGGCGAACCCAUACCAAAUUUAUCUCCUCCAUCAUCACUUCCCCAACAACAGUCAACCACAAAGGAAUUCCCCCUCUAUACCAGACCAUCCAAAUACAGCGCUCUUUUCAACUCACAAGAUUCUACAACGGCGUCUUAUUCGGAAAUCACAACAAAGAGAACAUCACAAUCUCAGCCCAUAGAGCAUAAUGGGAGGAAGAAGCGGAAGAAACAAUGGAGUACGCCCAUUCAACAAUUGCAACAGGAAAUAAACUUACUUGGAAACGAUGAGGAUGAUGAGGAUGAUGAUGAAACUGUUGAAUUUAAGUUCACAGUAGAUAAGCCGACAACAAAAACAAAUAACUUUUUGGAUGGUGUAUCACAACAUAUGGUGGGGUUACCAGAUGAAGCACCAAGAAAAAGUAUAAACAAACGAAGACAAUCAUAUAACAAUCGAGGUAAACGAGCACUGUCUAUCGGAAAUGGAUUUAUAACUGACUUGCAUGAAGAUGUUCCAUUGAAGAAUUAUUAUAAACAUAUAAAUGCUUCCUUACCUGACCCAGACAGAAUGAGACAAUUAUUAGUGUGGUGUCUGAAACGACGUUUAGCACAGGACAAUAACAAGAAAGAAUCUAAUACAAAUAAUCAAACCAAUCUUAAUAUUGCUAAAGUGAUAGAAGAGGAAAUUACUAAAAGUCUAAUGGACAAGAGAAUACCAACUAGUUGGUACAAUCGAGAGAAUGACCCCAGUCAAGUGUAUGGUGGGCCCAAGGUUAUGAUGGAAAAUCUUCAAAAUCAGAAGAACUUUGCCAAUAAUAAAAUAUUUCUGGAGAAAGUGAAUAAACUUAAAAAGGGAAUACGUCAAUGGGAACAGGAAUAUAACCUGGAUGUUGACGCCAUUCGAAAGACUCCAACAGACGUGCCACGAGACAUUAAAAAGAAGCAAAUUGACGAUUAUUCCUCAAACACUAAUCUAGAGAUAGAUACAUCUAUCGUUGAUAAACUCACUGAAAGUUAUUCUCAAGAUGCACAACUAGUCAAUAAAGACUUGCAGUAUUAUCUAGAGAUUCUUAAUCAUACAGUGAGGUUACUACAUAUUGAUGCCAAGAAGGCACAAUUGAUUCAAGAGGAACAUGCUAUUAACCCAGUACAAAGUUAUAAGGACGAUUUUUAUCGUAGAAAUAGCAUUGAAAAUUAUCGAGCUUUAAGAGCACGAGAAGAUAAGUCAAGUGUGCAUUGGCCAUAUCCUAUAGCAUCACUCAAAACCAAAGAUUUAUUAACUUGUUUGGGGAUUAUACAAACGCGAAACAAGGACUAG